UCGUUGCGUCCCUUCGCUGUUUUUAUUCACCUGACGAACAUGGCCGCUGAUGAUUGAAGGAUACCUCGGAUCUCUUGUGAUUUCUUAACUUGAGCAAUAAACAUGCGCCAUUUGACGAUUUCAUUGUAUAAUAUGUGAAUGAACAUCUUUAUGAAGCGAUAAAUUGGGAAGUAGCACUCUAAACCAUGCUGAAGUGGUUUUCCAAUGAAGAUGGCACUCCUGGCCAGGGAGCGCUCGGCUCUCCCCAGGGUGGUGGUGGUGCUGGAGGAGGAGAAGGAGGCCAGGCAGCCCUGGUGGAGGUGGCGGAGCGGCUGGCCCAGACAGAGCAGCUGGUGGCCCAGCUGAAGGAGCUGAUCCGUGAGAAGGAUGGCUCGCUGCGCAACAAGGACGAGCAGCUCAAGGCAGAGAAGGAGGCGUGCGAGGCCAAGCUGUCCAAGAUGCGUCUCCAGAACAAAGCCAAGGUCACCUCCCUCAGCGCCCAGCUGGAGGAGCUGAAGAAAGGAGGUGCUGCCGGGAGUGGAGCUGGGGGCCAGGGGACUCCCACCCACAGUAAGAAGGGAGGUGCAGAGGGAAGCGAGCAGGCCAGCCGUGGGAAGAUCCUCCUCCUUAGGAAGAAGGUGGAGGAGCUGGAGCAUCAGCUGUCACAGAGAGAUGAGGAACUGGAAGUCAAGUCACGAGAGCUGGAGGCCCAGAGGCAGCGUGGUGCGGACAUGGACGCCAUGCUGGUGGAGCGAAACAGGAAGCUGUCAGAGAAGGAGGCCUACAUAGUCCACCUGCAGACUGGCAUGGCCACCGGAGAGCAGACGGCCACGCCUCCAGCCCAACCCGACACGGAGCUCAUGGCAUUGCCGGAGGAGAGCGGAGCGGGCUCCCUGGCGGAGCUGCAGCUGCUGGUCCUAAGUCUGACCAGGAAGGUGGGCGAGGGUGAUGAACGUUACAGCCUGCUGCAGGAGCAGACUGAGAGCCUCAAAGAGCUCCUAGUCACAGAAAAGGCCGCCUUCGAGGACAAGGAGAACAUGUACAAGCAAAACAUCCAGACGUUUAAAGACAUCAUUCUGCAGAAAGACAACAAGCUAAUGGAGGUCAACCAGAUGCAUGAGCAGGAGCUCUUCAAGUUGGCCGCCAAGUCUGACGCCAGUGCUGAUCUGGAACAGCUCCUGAAGGCUCUGAAACAGAAACUACAUGAGAAGGAGGAGGUGCUGCAGGGUAAAAACCAGGUGAUUGAUGUCCUCCAGGGGGAGGUGGACUCCAGAGACCAGCAGAUCAAGGACCUUGUGGAGCGGGCGCGGCGGCUGCAGGUGGAGCGCGAGAGCCUCGGGUCCAAGAUGGAGGCUGAGAAGCACGUGAUGCGGGCUCAGCUGCGUGACCUCUUGGAGAAGCAUCAGGGCGAGCUGCGCCGUGCCGCCGAGUGCCACGAGGCCCAGCUGGCCGAGCGGGAGCAGGCACUUCGCGGGCAGCUACAGGAGGAGCUGGGAAGGACCCCUGUCGCCGAGCUUCAGACCCAAACGCAAGCAGGGAGCGGCGGGGAUUCUCCAGCCACGGCCCAGAGGAUGAACGAGCUGGAAGCACAAGCCAAGCUGAAAUCUGAGGAGGCCAGUAAAUCGGAAGCCAAGUUCCUAAAGAUAAAAGCCUGGUCAAAGUCUCGUAUUCGACAGCUGGAGGACGAGCUGAGGAAAAGCCAGUCUGGCAGAGUGGGCCCUGACGUGACGUCCCUGCGUAGCCGCGUCACGGAUCUGGAGGAGGAGCGGGAGGAGACGCUGUGGAAGCUGGAGCAGUACGACGAGAUCAAGGCCAAGAACGAUGUACUGGAGGCCAAGCUGGUGGUGUACGAGGAGCAGCAGAGGAAGAUGGCCUCCGACCUGGAGCAGGUCACCAAGAGAGCCGCCUCUCAGGCCAGCGAGUCAGGUAGCGCCGACGACGCCCAGAGCCAGGUGCUGGACUGGCAGGAGAUGGUGUCGGAGGCGGUGACGGCCAGGGACCGUGCCCGCGAGGAAAAGGCCACCAUGGCCCUGCGCAUGAGCCACAUGGAGGAGGAGAGAGAGGUGCUGGCCAGCCGGCAGCAGGAGUUGGAGGAGGAGCUGGUGCAGGCCCGGGGUCUCACAGGGCUACAUAGGGGCGGCAAGAAAAUGGGAGGCACCGCCCACCAACACAGCCUGCAGGAGGACUUUGAGUUUGAUGGCAAGCAAGCGUUCCACCAGGACCCACACAGUGGCGGAUCUGAGAGCACCACCCCGAUGGAGGAGGGGGAGAACAUGGGAGGUUGGUGGCCUGAGUACACUUCCCCCAACACAGGUGGCCUGCGGUCGGUAGUGGAGGAGUUGGAGCUGGAGAGGAACCAGCUGCAGGAACAGAUCCUAGGACUGGAGGACCGCUGUCAGGACCUUGAGGACCGGCUGCAGCUGCAGGCUCGCAUCGAGUCCCUACAGAACGAGUCCGAGAGACUACAGGGUCAGCUGGCCAGCCUUCGGAGCCAGCAGAGCAGGGAUGCAGAGAAACACCAUCUCCUGGUCACCAGCCUCAACGAGCAGCUCAAAGGACUGAGUGACACCCAAGAGUGUCUCGAAACCUCUCUUAUAGAGAAGGAGAACACAUUAGUCAAGACCUCUGAGAAACUGGAGCUCAUCGACAGCCUCCGAGAUUCUUUCAUGGAAAAGGAGGCGCAGCACAAAGAGGUCGCCGACAAGCUGCUUCAAUCUGAGAACAAUCUCACUGAAGUCUCCACAAAAUGCAGUACCUUUGAAAAACAGUGUUCAGAACUGAAGACAUCGGUUGCAGAUCUCACACAUAAGCUGAGUGUGCUUAAAGAGAAGACACAGAAACAAGAGGCCACAAUAAACACUCUUCAAAAUGACCUGGAUCAGACAAACGAUGAACUGGACAAGUUGAACACCACCCAUCUGGAAGAAAGGUCUCAGCUGAUCCACAACCUUCAAAGCUGUGAACGGGAGAUUGAUAACCUCAGAGAUGUCCUCUCAGACAAGGACAAGGAGAUCUUAGCCCUCUCGGGCAACAUGGCGGAGUACGCAGAGCAGAUCAUGGUGCUGAAGCAGGAGAUUAAGCACAAGGAGGAGGACCUGGUUCGCAUCGAGACCGCCCUCACUAAAUCGGAGCGGGAGGCAGAGAUCAUCAAAGACUCUCAGAACUCGGACCAGCAGGCUCUGUACACCAGGACGGCAGAGCUGGUGGAACAGCUGAAGGAUGCAGAGACUGAGCUGAGCAAGGCCAAAGAGGAGAAGGAGUCGAGGACAGUAGAGGUGGAGGAGCUGAGGAAGCAAGUGGAAGAGGACAAGCGGACCAUCCUGGAACUUCGAGGGGAGAUCCAGCAGCACAACGUGGGCCAUCGUAAUCAUCUCUUAGAGUGCGAAACUCAGAUCUCUUCACUGAAGGAGCAUGUGACUGUUGCUUCCCAGAAACUACAGGAGUCCGAGGGUCUCAUCUCUCAGUUGAGGGAAGCAAGUACAUCCAGCAAGACACUGAAAGACCAGCUCCAGGACAAGGAGCAGACGUAUGAGAAAGAACUAAAAUCGGUCAAGGAGGAACGGAACAAGCUUAACGCAGAGGUGUCCAAACACAUUGAUGACCUUAAGACCCUGUCCAACCAGCUAGAGAAGCAGACAGAGUGUCAGGUACAGUUGAAAAAAGAUAUGCAAGAAAAACUGGAGACAAUAUCCUCUCUUGAGGAAAAACUCAGGGCCAUCCAGGAAGAGGCCGAAGUAGAGCAACAGAAAUUUAACACAGAACUGCAAGUCAGAGAUUCUGAAAAGGAGAAGUUGGCGAAAGACCUGCAGGUUAAAUUGGAAAAUAUCUCAAAUAUGAAGAAGCUCUUGAAAAACAUGAAGACAGAAAAACAACAACUGCAAGCUGACCUGAAGGAGAAGGCAGAUGAACUUAAGUCUCAAAAGCAGCUUGUAGAUGAGCUUAAUAAAACAUCUACGGCAGCUCUUGAACUUAACAGCAGUUUGAACUCUCAAAAAAAUGGCCUCAGAGAGGAGAAUCAGAGGUUGCAACAGGAUGUAGCUGGAAAGCAGAAAUCAAUUUCAGAGAUGACAGAUGAAAGGGAUUCUCUGAGAAACAAAGUCUCUGACUUCGAAACACAGCAUUCAGAAAACAGAAAAGUCAUUGAAGGGCUUCUGAAAGACAAGGAGGAGCUGAGUGUUAGAGCCAAUGAACUGAACAGGGUCCUGGAGCAAAAUAAACAGUCAAUUUCCGAGAGUCUAUUUGAGAAAACAAAUGAAUGUAUUCUUCUAACUAAAACACUCAGGGAAAGGGAGGAGACAGUUGCCCGUUUACAGGUGCAAAUUGACAGUUUGAACACUCAAGUGGAGCAGUUCCAUCACAAAAUUGCUGAAAAAGAGAAGUUUGUCACUGAUCAAAACUCACAAGUAGAGACACAGCAGAGCCAGCUUUCGCAACUCCAGGAAACAAUGUAUUUACUGCAGGAGCAGGAGACUGCCCUGAAAACUGGGCUCACGGAGAAAGACACCGUAUUGCAGCAGAAAUCAGAUGAGUGUAGCUCUUUACAGAAUAAACUUGGGCAGCAGAAAAAGCUUCUAUCCAAGCUACAGGGUGAGACUAAAUCACUUAAAGGACAAUGCUCACAACUGACCCAGUGUCUGGAAGAAAAAGAAGAGACCUUCAGACAAAUGACACAGGACUGUGAAAACCACAAAGCCGAGCUUAACAAGAGGAAUGAGUCAUUGAAGUCACUAAGCAGUCAGCUUGGUGUCAUGAACGAGAGCAGUGCGAAGUUGGAGUCUGAAAAUACAGAGCUGAAAACCACUCUGGAGAACCACGGAGCAGAAAACAACAAGCUGAGGCAUGAGAUGGAACAGAGGCAAGCUGAGGUGGUUGGCCUCCACAGUCACAUCCAGGCACUGAGUGAGCAAAACCAACAACUCCGAGCUGCUUAUGAGAUCAGAGAUCAGGAACUUGCCCAGCAAAUGCACGUUGCAUCUGAGCUUGAUAGAAGGGUAAAUGUGACUCUUGAGCAGAACACAAACCUGUGCUCACAACUGAACAGUCUGACAGAGGAGAAGCAGAUACUGCAACAGGAAUUAGCUUUACAGUCGGAGUCCAUUUCUGAAUUAAGCAAGGAGAAGAACUUACUGAAAGAUAAACUUUCCAAUUUUGAAAUGCAACAUUCAGAAAACUGCAAAAUGAUUGAAGGGCUACUGAGAGACAAAAAGGAGCUCAGUGUAGCAGUAGAGGAACUCAACAAUGUCCUAGAGCAAAACAAACAGACUGUUUCAGAGAGUUUGCUGGACAAAACAAAUAAAUGUACUAAUCUCACCAAAUUGCUUAGAGGGAGUGAAGAGGCACUUGCACAUUCACAAGACCAAGUUGACAGCUUGAACACCCAACUUGAUCAACUGAACAACAACAUAACCGAAAAAGAGAAGACUAUCAGAAAUCAAAACUCACAAUUAGAGGCCCAGCAGAGAGAGUUGUCGCAACUCCAGGAGACAUUGGCUUUAUUACAGGAGCAGGGGACCGCACUGAAAUCUGGGCUAUCAGAGAAAGACACCAUGUUGCAGCAGAAAGCAGAGGAGUGGAGCUCUUUACAGAAUAAACUUAAUCAACUGCAGGGCGAGACUAAAUCACUUGAAGGGCAAUGCUCACAACUGACUCAGCAUCUGGAAGAAAAAGAAGAGACCUUCAGACAAAUGACACAGGACUGUGAAAACCACAAAGAUGAGCUGAACCAGAGGAACGAGUCAUUGAAGUCACUAAGCAGUCAGCUUGGUGUCAUAAACGAGAGCAGUGCGAAGUUGGAGUCUGAAAAUACAGAGCUGAAGACCACUCUGGAGAACCACGCAGCAGAAAACAAGAAGCUAAGGGAAGAGAUGGAACAGAGGCAAACUGAGAUAUUAGAUCUUAGGGACAACAUCCAAGCAUUGAAUGAACAGAAUGUCAGACUAAAAACCGAACUCAAAAACUCUGUCACAGAGGCAUCCAAGAAACUUGAAGAGAUUUCAGUUCUCAAGGCAGAGAUUUCUAACAGGGACAGUUAUGUGUCUAAUUUAACAAAGCAACUGACAGCAGCCUGCUCGGACAGGGAUAGCUUAGGUUUGAAUUUGCAGCAGAGAGGUGAGUCCCUAAAACAGCAGGAGAUGUUUAUUAAGCAGUUGCAAACUAAGUCAGUAGAGGGGGAGGGUCAGAUGAGCCAGGCCAUCACUGAGCUGCAGACACAAGCUCAGAGUCUUCAGAAAAGCCUUCAAGACAAAGAUGUUUCGCUGCAUGAGGCGGAGAAACAGCUGAGUCUGCUCAGAGAGAAGUUCACCUUAGAAUCUGAGGAUUUCAAAACCCAGCUGAAUUCAAGUGCGGAAACAAUGAAACAGCUUCAGGGUGAUCUGCGUAAUGCGGUGGAACAGAGUAAUCAGCUCAGUGGGAGGCUUGAAGAACAAGAGGCACAGCUUAAGCAGAAAGUUGAUGAUUAUGUGAGUUUAAGGACAUAUGUUUCAGAGCUGGAGGAUUCCACCACACAGCUCAGAGGUCAAGUUGACAGCCUGACCUCUGAGUCAUCUCUGUUAAAAGAGACCCUGAAAGAGAAAGUCAAGUUCAUCCUUGAGGCACAAAGCACCUCCUCAGCUGUUAGUGAAAGCCUAAAUUCAAAACUCAAAACCAAAGAUACAGAAUGUGAGAGCUUAAAAGAGCAGCUUUCACAUCUCCAAGAGUCUGUUUCAAAGCUCAAUACCAAAGAUGCAGAAUGUGAGUGCUUAAAAGAGCAGCUUUCACAUCUCCAAGAGUCUGUUUCAAAGCUCAAUAGUAGCCUCAGUGCCCAAUCCUCUGAAGUGGCACGACUUCAACAAGCCUUAGAGGAAAGAGGGACUGCCGUUAUGGACCAGUCAAAGGCCCUUCAGGAGCUGCAGAGAAGGGCAGAUGAAGCAGCCCUCUUCAAAACCCAGUUCAUGGAGAGCACAGAGUUGGUGUCACAACUGCAGGAUCAGAUACAGGAACUCUCCACUAAGUCUGCAAGCCUCAGCCAGUCGGCAGAGGAGAACCAAAGUGCCUUUGUAAAUCUUCAGGAGAAGUAUGCUACUCAUUUAGAGGAGCUCCAGGAAGCUCGGACGAUGCUUUCUCAAAGGGCCGAGGAGAUGUCCAGUCUUAACAAGUCCCUCAGUGAAAGCAACAGCACAGUUCAGGCAGCAGAAAGCACCAUAGAGGUGCUGAGGAAUGAGUCUUCCUUGCUACGUCAAGACCUUCGGCAAAUCCAAACACUGAAUGUCGACCUUUCAAAACAAAAGGAAGACGCCCUUGCUACCCAUCAAAGGAGCACCUCAACAUUCACUGUCGAAAUUGAUAGACUAAAAUCUCAGUAUUUGCAUGUGGCUGCUCAGGUAAAUGCACUGACAGAAAAUCUUGAGCAGAGAGAGAUGUCUCUUCAUGCCAUUAACAGUCAGUACACAGCCCAGGUGAAACAGGCAGAGCACGUAGUGUCAGAAAUGCAGAAACUAGAAGAGCAAAAUAAGAAGCUAAGAGAGGAGAUAGCUCUGUCAAAGCAAGAAAAUCAACAGCGGCUGGAUGCAGCAAUCAGUGAAAAAGAACGUCUGCAGCAAGAAGUUCAGAAACUCAUAAUUGAGAGAGAUGAACACGGCAAGAGCUACAGCAGCCAGAUACAAACAAUGCAGGAGCAGUUGCAUCUCCAAAAGCAGCAGCAAUCCAGCAGCAUGAAUGAAGUCAUGGAGAAAAUGGUGGCUGAGAAGGAAAGACUACAGGUUGAGGAGACGAGACAGAGGGUGGAUGAGCUGCAGAGCGCCUUGCAGCAGGCACAGGCCUUCAAACUGCAGACUGAAGCAGAAGUCAGCGGGUACCAGGCAGAGCUGGCUGAACUGAGGUCUGAGAGUAGCAGGCUGCAGGCUGAGUGCCAGCGUCUGGCUGGGGAGAGGAAGGAGACCAUGGCCCUGGUGGGGAAGGAUGUGUCUGAUGACCCGUCACUGACCCAGCUCCAGGCAGAGAGAACUCAGCUGCAGAGUCACCUGCAGCGCUGCCUCUAUGAGAUCCAGCAGAGAGAUCUGCACUGCCAGCAGCUCAACGCCAAGCUGCAGCAGGUGGUGGAGGAGAAAGGGGGUGUGUCGGCUCAGCUGAGGGCAGUGUCUCAGACGCUGAGAGACACCCAGAACCGCUGCUAUUGGCUGGAGAACCAGGCCCUGCCUAACCAGCACCACCAGGGCCUUGCAAAGCAGGGGGCGGUGUCUGUAGAAGUGCCUCCGGGAGCUCCCCAGGGGAGGAGCAGUGCUGUGGUAGACAUGGAAGCACUGGAGGCCGGCGAGCUCAGGACCAGGCUGGUGGAGGUGGAGCAGAGCGUGGUUCAGCUAAGUGAGAGUCUGGCUGAAGAGAGGACCAGGAGGGAAGCAGCCGAGGAAGCUCUGGGACUGGCUGAGGACAGAGCCAAGAGCGUUGACUCCAGUCCAUCCAGGACGACCCAGAGAGACUUCAGCAUCCAGCUGGAUACAGAGGAGGAGUGGGAAGCCCUCAUCCUCAACCCCAACGAACCCCUGGUCACACGCAAGGUGAAAGGCGGGAUGCUGGCCUGCAGGCGCUGGCUUCGGGGGCGGAGCCUGUACUGCUCCAAGCUGCUGACAUCACGGGCCCGCUCGCGCUACCUCUUCCUUGGCUACCUGCUGAUUCUGCACGUGGCUGUCCUCAUGUGCCUCACCGGCGCCCUCUAGUGCUGUGGGGUGAAAACAAUCACAAAUUGCAGAUAGAAAUAUAAUUUAUAGAGCAGACUGAGGCACGUUUCCUCCAUGACAAAGACGGUUUGUUCUGCGCAAUGUUUUUCUAUGUAGUUCACUUGACGCUGGGGGUGUUAACAUUGCAGAUACAAAUGUCAUGUGUAGACAAGACACCAUGGCCCGUUUCCUCCACGACAAAGAGGAAUGUCUGUUCUACUCCAUUUCGAGGUAGUUAACCAUGUCUUUUUCCCCUGGAAUCUUAUUCCACCUUUCAGAAUAAGCUGCAGGUUUUUGUCUAGUAUCCAGAGUUUUCAUAAGAGUGAGGGCUUUUGGGGUGUGUCUCAAGUCUUGUAGCUUCUUCGCCUCGCCUCCUUCCCUUGGUUCUCACUGGUCUGAAAAGAAAAUGGACAGCUGAAAGUGGGUCCUUUGGUUAGAUCCUACCUUCUUGUUUUCACCCAUUUUUUUGUCAGAUCAGUGCAGACGGAGGCGAGAGGAAGAAGACUGUUAUUGACUAUUAAGACUCAGCUUUUGGAGUGUCUCAGGAGAAAGUGCCGUUUCGAUCCUGUCUGUUAUGUGUUAAAGCCUGAGACGGAACAGAAAGCCAUAUCCAUUCUACAUGAACGCUAGCCUAAGACGUGCGUACGUACGUACGUGUGUGUGUGUGUGUGUUUGAAACACAUUUGUGUGCGCAGGUGUGUGUGUUCAUUUGCACGUGUACAAGAAAUAAACACUAGUCCACUGUAACCUCAUUUAGAUUCCCCUUGGAGAACAAAGACUGGUGUAAGUCUAAGAUGAUUCAUCAACAACAUGAUGGAACUGCCCCACUCAGACUGAUGCUGAUGUCUGGCAAGACACAGAUACGGUAUUUCAGGAGAGAAGGGUGGAAAAGGCCAAUAGUACUAUUUCUGCAAAGAUGCCUAUGUAAUUGCACUGCUGCUCAACCCUUCUCCCCAAUACCAAACCCACUGUGUGCUCAACCUGGCACGACCAGGCCAUGGCACAAUGUUCCCUUUGGCACCCCCUGGUGUCUCCUGGGUAAUAACUGUCUCAUGGUGGCCUUGGCACAAUUCUAAGGUCUAUUCUAUAGCUGCUGCAUUCAAAGCUAUGCACUAAAACUCCCAAUUGUAUGCAUCUCAUUUCACAUCAGGGGGUGUUUUUUUCCCCUUCUCUCCUUCAGCAAAGAUAUUCAACAUAAUAUAGGGCCAGGAGUUUUAUCUGACCACGUGUCCUGAUAAGGAAAUACUGAUCUGGACCCUAGUAAUAUGAUCUAACUGGCCCCUAGUAAUAGGAUCUAACUGGACCCUAGUAAUAGGAUCUAACUGGACCCUAGUAAUAGGAUCUAACUGGACCCUAGUAAUAGGAUCUAACUGGACCCUAGUAAUAGGAUCUAACUGGACCCUAGUAAUAGGAUCUAACUGGCCCCUAGUAAUAGGAUCUAACUGGCCACAAGUAAUAGGAUCUAACUGGCCACAAGUAAUAGGAUCUAACUGGACCCUAGUAAUAGGAUCUAACUGGACCCUAGUAAUAGGAUCUAACUGGACCCUAGUAAUAGGAUCUACUGGACCCUAGUAAUAGGAUCUAACUGGACCCUAGUAAUAGGAUCUAACUGGACCCUAGUAAUAGGAUCUAACUGGCCACUAGUAAUAGGAUCUAACUGGACCCUAGUAAUAGGAUCUAACUGGACCCUAGUAAUAGGAUAUAUCUGGCCCCUAGUAAUAGGAUCUAACUGGACCCUAGUAAUAGGAUCUAACUGGACCCUAGUAAUAGGAUCUAACUGGCCCCUAGUAAUAGGAUCUAACUGGACCCUAGUAAUAGGAUCUAACUGGACCCUAGUAAUAGGAUCUAACUGGCCCCUAGUAAUAGGAUCUAACUGGUCCCUAGUAAUAGGAUCUAUCUGGAACCUAAAGGUUUUACCUUGUCAGAUCACAUGGUCCGAAGAAUAUCCUCCUACCCCGUUUGUGAGCAUGUACCCUGGUAAGUGUGUAAGUAAGAUGUUGUAUUUAAGGGUGGAGUGUAAAAGGGUGCGAGUGUGCACCCUUGAAAGUCUACUGUGUGUAUUUAUGUAUCUGUAUUUGUUGCUCUGUGCCCCCCAAUGCUCUGUUGUUCACUGUACAUUUCUACUUCAUCUGUUGAUUGAUUACAUGCUGAUUUAAUCACUUGAUUGAUAGUGCAGGGUGGCAAUUCACAAAGCAGGAGACAAUAUGUCAGCCAUCUUACUUUGAGACAAUUUGGGAUAUAUUUCGUAUUUCUCUGGUUCGUAUCUCAUCUGUUUCAAGUUUAGCAUGGGAAGUACUGAGAGAAUGUCAUACUUAUAACAAGUGUGUUUUACCUCUCUGCACUAGGAAAUAUGAAGCCUGAGUGACAAGCUGUUUGUUUGUGCCAUCAUGCCAACUCUUUCUCACUCAUUGUUAUACCAAACACGUUUGGCUUGACAAUGAGCAAUGGAGUUGGCCAGAACACAAACAGAUUUGGGACCAGGAUAGGAAAUCUGGUGUUUAAGAAUAUUUACGGUAGUUAGCCAGCUGAGCUAAAAACAUUGCUCCUGCUUUGUGGGAUACCACCAUAGAGAAUGAUAGAGGCCUCUAGUGGCCAAAAGGCUGAAUUAGCAUGGGCAGCGCCAUUGAGGGCUUCCACCAUUUUAAUGUAGUCAACUGGGUUGGACUUCCAACUUCAUUGGCUGAUCCCUCCUGGUGACCCUGUUGGAGUCAUGUCCAACCGGGUCAUUAGGAGGGAUCAGCUAAUCGUGAAGAAGAAGAUUGACUACUUCAAUGGCACUGCCCAUGCUGUCAGACGCUGUAAUGGCACAGAUACAAAGAUAAUGGAUACCACCCUGUUCUAACGUUGGUGUUGUGGUCCUGAUUGUCUGUAUAUAUGUUGUGAUUGAGGAAAGGAUGACAAAAUACAUCUAUUUAUAAGAGGAAAUGCUACUGAGUGAAACCGAAUUGUCAUAUUUUCUAAAUAGGCUCUAUUUUUUAGAAGUCAAAUCGUUUGGACAGCAAUUACUAUCCUAUCCAGGCAUUAAUGGGUUCAAUACCUUGAGGUUGACUUUCACGAAGAAAGGAAUUUUAAUAAAUCUGUUUGAAAAACA